AUGCCCGAUCCCAAAUUGAGUCUCACAGCCAUCUAUCAAGCGGCUCAACAGCCAGCACGAGCAUCUCGUUUACGUGAAGCAUUGCACACGACCGAUCCGCAGCAUAUCGAUCGUCUUGUGCAUCGUAUCGUUCAUCACCUGCAUCAUCCAACCGACACCUGGCCACCACGACGUUUAUUACGUUGUCUCGAUUACAUCAUCACACACGCACCUGCUAUCAACUUUGGUUCAUCCAAGCUUCGAACUUGCGUCAAGUUUAUAUUUGAACAACACUUGCUGGAUUCUAGUACUACUACUAGUACUACUAGUGGGGAGUCUACAGCCACAGCUUAUGCUGGAUUGCACUUGAUUGGCAGCUUAAUGCAAUCCUCAGUCAACAACAAUGCAUCCCUAUUCAGCGUCAUCCAUGUAACAUCCAUCCUCGAUUGGCUUGCACCCACAUGGGAUAUAAAACUACGGAGCUGUGCUUUGCGAGCCUUGACGGCCAAAGGACACUAUUUUGCAGAUGAUAUCAUAUUAGCCGAUGGAUUUUGGGUGCUUGUUUUACAAAUGGGCCGUAUCCCCAUCGUCCUUCAACAACAACAAGGGGGCAGUGAAGAGAUCAAUCUAUGCAUUCGAAUCAGCCAAUUCCUUGAGAAUCUCGUCAAGCAUGCAAGCAAGAGCAGAGUACCGCAAGUGCGAACCAAGCUCAUUCAAUUCACCGAGUCGAUUCAGUUUGUCAUGAUGAUCAAUGCAUGGAAAACGUCCCUUGAAUUGCAACAUCGAAAGCUCACCGAUUCACUUUCACACAUUGUCUCUCGAUGCAUUGGGAUGGCUCCAAUACCCGUGGCAGACUAUAUCAAUACAGCUGAUCCUGGACGUUCUUGGCGUACGCUUUUGGCUCAAGAUAUGAAAGCAUUUGCAAUGCUUGUUCAGAAACAAGAAGAGAUCAAACCGAUUCAAGCUACUAGGAUCACACGGCUAUGCAAGAUUGCACUGAACAUGGCGUUGGCUGGCAAAGAGGAUGAGACGAGAGCAGGCGACAUUGCACGAGAUAUUGUCAAUUUCUUUUUGGUCAUCAUACCGAGACCUGUGAAGCCUGAAGAUAUUGAUAGCAUUGGGACCAUGGCAUUGGCAACACGAGAAAUGUGGCAUGGCGAAGUGGAUGAUCAUGUAGGCUACAUCCUUACACAGCAUGAGCUCAUGUGUAUCGCCUUGUUGGAAUGUUUCAUGCAACACGUUCAAGUCGCUUCACAACAACUUGUCCAAAGUAUAGCAGCACGUGCGGCCUUUUGCAUCAUUGCCAUGCUGACAGCACUCAAUGAUAACCACAAGCUGGAUACUACUACGAAUGGAGGUGAUGAGAAUGGUCUGCUACGAUCAAGGCUUGAAAAGCUCGUCAUGUUUUUCUUGCAUUAUCACGAAGCCAUCGACAUGUUUUCCACAGCACCCACUUGUCUCAACAAUGUCAUCUGGCUACCCACUCUUGAGCACGCUAAGCUUGGUUUGAGCGAUCGCCAAUAUCAAGAUACCACCCUUUCCAGAGCAAAGCGAGCAUUCACAGCAUUAAGGAUGGCUACACACCACGUCAAGGCAUGUGAAAAGUUGGAUAAGGCGGGCGUGCUACAACUCUUGGUGGAUAUGGAUUAUACCCGGCAACUCGACGAUGCACCUAGGAACAUGCUUUUGGUGUACGCAUCUUUUAUGCAUUUUAUUGCAGCAUUGGCAGCAAAAAUGGCUUACAUACGUGCCAAGUUGCGAGCAGAGUUUCCUAUUGGACCCCUCGUGAUGAAGCUCUUAUGCAGAGGCGUCUAUUACACCAACACCAACAUCACUGAAUACAAAAACAUGGAUGGAUUACAUGAGGGCUGGAACCAUAUCAUCCGUGGAAGUUUAUUAGUGGUCAAUGCAUUCGGUUACGAUCCAAUGUCUCUUCAACAAUGGUUAUCUUGGCCUGCCUCUUUGGCUGAUGAUGAUGACAUGAAUGAAAACGACACCCACUGGUUUGAGACGGUGCAUAGUAAUGAUGGGCGUCUUUCGAUUCUUCCUGCUAUAUUACUUGUACUCUUACCGUGUCCCCCUUCUUCUGAUGAUGAUGACAAUGGCCCUAUCUCUGAUACCCAAGUGAUUACGCAUUUCAAGCAUCAGGAUGAGUCUGUGGUAAGGGCAGCUUGUAUCUCGCUCAAUCUUUUGUCCUCCAUGGUUGAAUGUGGCUCCCAGCUUAUCAGGAAUAUUCGUGCAGUGGGCCAAUUAUCGACGCUUCUUGCAUUUCUUUCCGAUGAUAACGCCUCUGCUGCUGCUGCUGCUUUUGCUGAUAUACCCUACAUCCCAAUGCAAAUCGAUGAUGCAUACGCCCUUGACAAAUUGGAUGGUGAUGAAGAAGAAGAGGAUCAUGAGGAUGCAAGCCGUUCACCUUUGAAUCAUACUACAAUAACGACCGAUGCAACGGAUACGCUAUGCUUCAACAAUCUUUAUCGUGCUUUGAUUCGAGUCCUUACAUGCCAAGAGAACUUGCGAGCCGUGAUCAGCAGCGACGUGUUAACAUCCGUAUUCAAACCACUCCUCUAUGAACGCCCACUUGUUGACAAGCACAAAGCAAAGCUACGGCAUAUGAUCAGCGAUUCCCUUCAUCGAGAACGAUUGGAUGACUUGUCAAAGUUAUUUCGAUUUACUAUGGGUGAUCAGAAUGCGACCCAAUUUCAUGAAAUGUGUGCAGUGGCACUUGGCUAUGCUUGUCCUUAUAUACCAUUAUGCCAAAACAUACUGGGUCUAUCGCCAACUACUACCAGUACAGCGGAUGGAGAAACAGGCAUCUUGGAAUCCAGCUCAGCCUUUGGUGUACUAUGUCGGAUGCUGGUAUACGAGCUUGUGGAAGAAGAGGAAACGGUGGUAGUAGAUGCCCCUUAUCGACGCCAAGCAGCUGCUCAAGUGAUUGAAGUCCUUGCACAAAACUUGUUUGAUACGUGGUCCAACGAGCUCAAUCAGACCAGAGACAAAUUGAACGAGACGCUUGCUUCCAGACCAAGGAGAUCUUUGACAUCCUCCAAGGAUACCCAUGGUGGUGACAAAGUGAUCUUUGUGACAAAAGAAUCAUCGCAACAACAACAACUUUGUGCCAAUCGACACGUGCUUGCUCAACAAUCGCCUUACUUUGCGGCCUUGUUCAGUGGUCAAUAUGCAGAAAGUACGCAGCAUCCUAUACCGUUACCCGAUGUCGAUCAUGAAGCAUUCGCCGUCUAUUUAAAUGCUGCCGAUUAUGCAAUGGUAUCAAAUGACGUGGAUAAGGUGAUGAGUGCAUGUCACAGUUGGAAGGACGUGGUGGAGCUUUUGAUGAUGGCAGAUCGAUUCAGCAACGAUGAUUUACGACUCUUUUGUGAAGUGUGGAUUGUGAACGAGUUGAUAAAUGCACCUUCUUCCAUGGAUACAUUGAAUGGUGCGCUCUUGCUCUAUCGGCGUUGUCGAGAUACUGAGGGCGGUAUCUUCUUGACGGAUCUAUGGCCAUUCAGUCAUAUUCUACGCGAAGCACUCAAAUCGGUUGUGAGCAGAUUUUCACUAGCAGUCGCCACCAAUGUCUUCCAGGAUAUGAUACAGGAUGCUCAUCCCGAAGAACUUAGCGCUUUUUGUCAUGGUAUCGCUAUACUUUUUGCCAAUACGCAGCUUGAAGAAUAG